AAUAUUCCAUUCCUUGCACCCUAAGUCCUCUCCCCUUCUCCCCCACCUCCAUCCCAACAUCCACUAUAAAACAUCCACCAUUUUUCUAUUUUACUCCAAAAUUCUUCGUCAAUGACCGACCCAAAUCGAUCCGUUAUCAGUUAUUCCGCCAUCGGAGCACCACCAUCAAACUCUAACAGCUACACCCAACCACCACCACCACCCGAUACCAUCUGCUAAUAUGUCGUCGUACCUUCACCUUCAAGCACUUCCUCCAAAUGAACUUUGUUCGACAUGAAUUCAAAUUAAUCGAUCCCAAAUGCAAACUUUAUUUACAUAUUAGCCCUCAAACUUCCUAAAAUAUUAAAAAUCAUCCCUCAACUAUCAAUUUCCACUCUUUUUAGUCCCAAAAGAAUCCAAUUACUAAUCCACUUUUCUCAAUAUUUCAUUCCUUACACCGUAGUUCCAACCUCUCUAUUUCGUUACAAGAAUUUCGUCAUUUUCCCAUGUUGCCACUCAAAAUUUCUCCAUCGUGGCUACCCUAAUCGUCUGAUCACCAGUUACCCCGUCACCGAAGCACCACCACUAGACCUAACGGCUACACCUAACAACCACCAUCAUCUGACACCACCUGCAUAUACCUCACCGCACCUCCACCCUCCGACACUUUCUCCAAAUGAACCUUAUCCGACAUGAAUCAAAAUUAGACCAUUCCAAAAUACAGAUUUUAUUUACAUAUUAACCCCCAAACUUUUUAAAAUAUCAAAAAAUCACCCACAAAGUAUCUAUUUCCACUAUUUUAGUCCAGUAGAAUACCAUCCCUAACGUACUUUCCUCAAUAUUCCUUUCCUUACUCCCUAAGUCCCCCUCACCCCCCGCAGCCCACCCCAAACCCCAAAACCCACCUCAACAUUCACUAUAAAAGCUCCACCUUUUUCCCGUUUUACUCCAAAAUCCUCCGCCAAUGAUCGACCCAAAUCGACCCGUCACCGGUUACCCCGCCACCGGACAACCACCGCCAAACCCUAACGGCUACCCCCAACCUCCACCACCGCCGCCCUCUGGUACCGCCUACCCAUACGUCGCCGCACCACCAGCCUACUACCACCACAACGACCACCACCCCUACUACCAACAACAACACCCUUACACCGCCGCCGACCACCAACGCACCACCUUCCUCCGCCGCAUAAUCGCUAUAGCUAUAGCCGCUAUAAUCAUCACUGGUACUUUUAUCUUCAUCUUAUGGCUAAUUCUCCGUCCUAAGCUCCCCGAAUUUCGUAUCGACUCGUUCUCAGUGUCAAAAUUGAAUCUUAAUAACUCUAUGAUCACUGCAAAUUGGGAUAUUAGGUUUACAGUGAGAAACCCUAAUAAAAAAAUGACAAUUUACUACGACGACGUUGCUGCUGGUGUGUUUUACGAUUACGUAUCACUUGCCGACACUACAAUUGCUCCGUUUUAUCAAGAUAAGAAGGCUGAGACGAUUGAGAAAGCGAGUUUAGCUACUGCGGGUGCGUAUGUGGAUAACCGGGCAUUCGAUCAGAUGAAUAAGGAGAGGGUUAGGAGAGGAGCAAUUGGGUUUAAUGUGAGGAUGGUAGCUAGGGUUAGGUUUAAGGCAGGGGGGUGGAGAGCGAGGAGGAGGUUUUUGAGGGUUUAUUGUAAGGAUUUGGCAGUUGGGGUUGGGUCGAAUAAUUCAACGGGGAAUUUGACUGGCGGUUCAAGGCAGUGUCGCGUUGGAUUCUGACGUUGAUCGUUGCUUGUUUAAAGCUAUGCAUGGGAGCGACGUGUUUUUGCUAGUCUUAGUUGAAGCGUCUCAACCCAACCAGACAGACUUCAGAGGCUUCUGAUGCUGUUGUUGCUUCUUCUAGGAUAAUUAAUUAUAUAGGUUCAUCAAUUACAACUUGCUAGUAGUAUCAACUAGUAUCUCAUAUGCUCCCAAAGCAUAUUAAUGUAAAUGCUUACAUUUUCAACUUAAUUACCUGUAGAUGUCUUCUUUUUAAUGUUAAAAGCUUUUGGGGGAGCAAA